GGGGAUCCGAGGCCAGCGGGCGCACGGCGCGAACUGCAGGGCGGACGAUGUUCAGCUGGAUGGGGCGGCAGGCCGGCGGGCGCGAGCGCGCGGGCGGCGCGGACGCGGUGCAGACGGUGACGGGAGGCCUGCGCUCGCUCUACCAGCGCAAGGUGCUGCCGCUGGAGGAGGCGUAUCGCUUCCACGAGUUCCACUCGCCCGCGCUGGAGGACGCCGACUUCGACAACAAGCCCAUGAUCCUGCUGGUGGGCCAGUACAGCACCGGCAAGACCACCUUCAUCAGGUACCUGCUGGAGCAAGACUUCCCAGGCAUGCGGAUCGGCCCGGAGCCCACCACUGACUCCUUCAUCGCCGUGAUGUAUGGCGAGUCAGAGGGCAGCACCCCAGGAAAUGCUCUGGUUGUGGACCCCAAGAAGCCAUUCCGAAAACUGAGUCGUUUUGGAAAUGCUUUCCUGAAUCGGUUCAUGUGCUCCCAGCUGCCCAACCAAGUCCUGAAGAGCAUCAGCAUCAUCGACAGCCCUGGCAUCCUGUCCGGAGAGAAGCAGCGCAUCAGCCGAGGGUAUGACUUCUGCCAGGUCCUGCAGUGGUUUGCUGAGCGGGUGGACAGGAUCAUCCUGCUCUUCGACGCACACAAACUGGACAUCUCCGAUGAGUUCUCGGAGGCCAUCAAGGCCUUCCGGGGCCAGGAUGACAAGAUCCGCGUGGUGCUGAACAAGGCAGACCAGGUGGACACACAGCAGCUGAUGCGCGUCUAUGGGGCCCUCAUGUGGUCCCUGGGCAAGGUCAUCAACACGCCCGAGGUGCUGCGCGUGUACAUCGGCUCCUUCUGGGCACAGCCCCUGCAGAACACUGACAACCGCAGGCUCUUCGAGGCCGAGGCCCAGGACCUCUUCCGGGACAUCCAGAGCCUCCCGCAGAAGGCAGCCGUGCGCAAACUCAACGACCUCAUCAAGCGGGCCAGGCUGGCCAAGGUACACGCCUACAUCAUCAGUUACCUGAAAAAGGAGAUGCCGAGUGUAUUUGGAAAAGAAAACAAGAAGAGGGAGCUUAUCAGCAGGUUACCUGAAAUCUACAUCCAGCUGCAGCGAGAGUACCAGAUUUCUGCAGGGGACUUCCCUGAGGUCAAGACCAUGCAGGAGCAGCUGGAGAACUAUGACUUCACCAAAUUCCACUCGCUGAAGCCCAAGCUGAUCGAGGCUGUGGACAACAUGCUGGGCAGCAAAAUCGCGUCGCUGAUGAACCUCAUCAGCCAGGAGGAGACCAGCAUGCCCACCCAGCUGGUGCAAGGCGGCGCCUUCGAUGGCACCUCCGAGGGCCCCUUCAACCAGGGCUACGGGGAGGGGGCCAAGGAGGGUGCCGACGAGGAGGAGUGGGUGGUGGCUAAGGACAAGCCCGUGUACGAUGAGCUCUUCUACACGCUGUCGCCCAUCAAUGGCAAGAUCACGGGCGUUAACGCCAAGAAGGAGAUGGUCACUUCCAAGCUGCCCAACAGCGUCCUGGGCAAGAUCUGGAAGCUGGCUGACUGUGACUGCGAUGGCAUGCUGGAUGAUGAGGAGUUCGCCCUGGCCAAGCACCUCAUCAGGAUCAAGCUGGACGGCUACGAGCUGCCCAGCAGCCUGCCCUCCCACCUGGUGCCGCCCUCCCACAGGAAGUCCCUGCAGAAGGCCGACUGAGAGGCGGGGCCGCAGGCAGGGCCCGGGGAGCAGGUUGGGAGCCAGGGACCCUGUCCUGAGACCUGCUGUGCUACUAACUCACUGGGAAUCUUGGGGAGCGCACUGCCCCUUCUGUGCCCCAGCUUCACAGGGAAAGCAGAUGCCAGACAGGAGAUGCUCUCUAAAUGCCCGAGUGUCUAUUGAAAUAGGGGGAGGGAAGGGAGGGUGGGGCUAGCAGGAUAGAGGUUGAGAAGAAUAGGAAUCCUGUCCAAAGAGCACUCAGAAGCCAGGGGAGCCGGGUGUGGAGGGGGUGGGCUUUGUGGAUCCCAGCAAGUGAGCGGUUGUUGAACCUUCUGGGCAACCUAAGCAGCGCACUGCUGGGAACGUCCUCUAGUGCCUGUUGCUCCCCCAGAGGACUGCCCCAGGGCAAAAGGUGAUCUUAUUUAUUUUGUCUCCUGUCGUUGUUAGAGUAGAACUGUCCACCAAAGAGAUGCUGGGCGGACGGGGAGAAGGUGCUGCUCCUGCCGUGCCCACCUGCCCCCAGGCUUGUCCCUCUGUCCCAGCACCAGAGCACUGCUGCCCCCCUGCCCCUUCCCCAACCCCCCCUCCACAGCCUUCCAAGGAAAGAGCUUUAUGAACCCAUUGGAGAGAUUCCUAGAACGCCGCUGAGUUACUAGGAAGCCUAAAGAGUAGCUUUUCGGACUGGUCUGCUCAACCCUGUGGCGCCUAGUCUGUUUCUCUUGGUGAAGAGAAGAGCAGGUUCCAUUCAGUCAGCAGGUCGGGGGUCCCAACCACUCCCUGUCCCCUGGGCACAGUGGACCCCGGGAGAACAAGAGGCGGGUAGGAGAGAGAGCAGUCUGCUAGAGCUAGACGGUAUUUUUGUAGGAAAUAGGUUAUUUUUGUUAUGUCCAGGUUUGCUCUUUCCCUCACAGAAUGAAAGCCUUAAUACAGACACAGAGCCCUUCCUCCCAAGGCAGGGUGGUGGUUGUGGCACCAGCAGCAGGCAGAGUCUGGACACAACCCUCACGCACACCCCAGCCGCGGCCUCAGGCUGUGGUGGUGGGGUUGGAGGCUCAUUCUCACGGCUACCCUCCCUGCCAUGGCUGGGCCAACCUGCAGCAAGGCCGUCUGGCCGGGCGUGGGCGCGGCUCACCCUUGUGCAGUGGGAGAGAGACAAGACCCCACUAUGCCUUGGAGGCUGGCACAGGAGAGGACUGAAAUCGGAGUGCUCCUACGUGACCCUUCCACGUGCCACCCCCACUCUGUCACCUGCAUGUGGUGACAUCCCAGCCAGAGCUACAGACUUGGAUCAGGAUUUGUUUGGGAGGAACCUUUUCACCAGGUCCCAGUCGCUGAGCGUGGAGGCGGCCGUCUGCAUGUUCGCGAGGAGCACUUUCAGAGGACUCAGGCCCAGACAGACCCCUGGGGUGCCAGCCCAGAGCCCAUCAAAGACCAUAGGAGAAGAGAAGGCACUUGGUCCACAGGUGUAGAUUAGAAGUGCCAAGGUUGGCUGGAUUUCCCGUCAGAAUUCUUUGGUUCUUUGGACUCUGCUCGCCUGCCAUAUAGAAACACAGAACUAUAUGCACAUAUAUAUCUGUGUCAUCACACGACCUCACAGACUGCACUAAGACCGUCUGUCUGUCAGUCUGUGUUUUAAUUCUCAUGUCUGGGUAGCUGGCCAGAUUUUGACUGUGUGGAGAUAGGAGAACUUUCGGAGGGGCAGCAGGCUAAGGUGUCUGGGUUCUACAUGCAAGGAAACCUCUCUGAGCCCCAGCGCCCUUGGCUGGGGAUCGGGCCACAGGGUGUCUGGUUGUCUUAGAAAACAAAGGCAAGUCACACAUCCAUUUUCAUAAUGUCCUUUCUCACACGGUGAAGGUCCUCGGAGCAAGUUGGUUCAAAAGGAAAAUACCAGAGAACCGUCAUGACAGUGAGGCCAAACACUGCCUCCACCUUCUAGGGCCACCACGGAGCUCCCCGGGUCCAUAUCCAAUCCGCCUGAAGGGCCACCUCGGGUCCCCACAACCCGCCAAGGUCUACACUGCUUGUCUGCAUGCGGUUUCAAGAUGUUCAUGGAAGGAUUCCAUUCUCUUCUCCAUUCCAUUUUUCCACGAACUUCUUGAAGCCUCUGGUAAUUCCACAGCACCACCCCCCUCCUGUGUUCGGGUGCCCUCUGCCCAGUGUGUGCACAUGUACAGGGUGGGAGCAGGCGAACUAGAGCUAAGAACCUACCUGUGAUGUCGCAGCAGGAAAGCUAUGGAACCGGAAGUCUUGCCAGGGUGGGUGUCUGAAACCUCAGCCUACCCCUCCCAAACUCAGCUCUCAGGUGGUUAAUCUGCUCACGAGACCCUCCCAUACUGCCUGCUAAAGAAAGCGGGCAUUGUUGAGAUGUGCAGAAACAUAUCCCCGUCUCCCGUGGCAACACGCGGACGCCCAGCCUUCCUCUGCUGCCUGCUCCAGCCCAGCCUCAUCUUUUCUCCUGUGACUCCACUCACGGCCUCUUGGAUGGGUGAUUCUUCCCGAGGCAAAGCUGCUCCUCAAACUGGCUGUCAUUCAUCCAGAGCUAGAGCAGGUCCCCUUUGGGACACUUGUUAACAGGCAGCAGUAGCAUCUUUAGAUUUGGGGCUGCAAGUCCCCUCCCAGGCUCAUGGGACCUUGAGUUGUGGAGCUCUUGUUACCUGUCCUGGGGCUGGACUACAGGCUGCCUGCCGCCCUCCUCCCAUCCCUGCCACCACCCUGCCUGCCUCCAGGUUCCUUCCUGGUCAAGGUCUUUCCCUGUGAUUCUGUGGAGGCUCCUAUGGGAUUAGCCUGGGCUCUCCCGGGAAUGUCUUAUUAUAUCAUUUAACCUGAACGAUUUAACCACCUGAAUCGCACCUGAGCAGGUAGCGCCUGCACCUUUUCCACUUUGCACCUUAACACUUUCCCUUUACGCCCAGAGAAGUGUGUAGAAGCCAUUUCCUUGGAGAAAAGGAAAGCACUGGAUAGCGAGUUGGUCUCCAUGGAGCAUGACCAGAGAAGGACAUGUUUAGGGCAGACAGCCAUUGAGUUUAUUCCGGCCUAACUUAGGCGUGUAUGAGGUUACAUGUCAAAUAACCAAUGCAGUUAAUACACCAUGCUUCUAUACAUACAUAUAUUUUUUGUAAUCUUGUUUAGAAAUGUCAAAUGAACACAGAGUCUCGAUCAAUAAAACUUGUGAUAAACCA